AUGCAUGAGAAGCUCCGGGACAGUAGGACAGAUUUAGACGAAGUGCAAAUGAAAGCCUCAUAUCUGAAAUGUUCUAUUGUUGGCGAUGCCCGCGUUGGCAAAACUCGCUUGACCAAAACCUUCAUUGGCGAGAAAGAAGACGAACAGUAUACUCCUACAAUCUUUGAGAAUUAUUAUGGCGAAACGGUUUGCAACGGAAAGAAAAGUAGCAUUUCCAUUUUUGAUUUGCCGGGUCAGCAUGACUUUGACCAGAUGCGGAAAUUUGCCUUCAAGGACAGUAACGUCAUCGUCAUCUGCUACGAUGUUCAGAAAAGGAAAUCUUUUGAAAACGCACAAUCCGUAUGGAUUCCCGAAAUUCGACAGUUUCUUGGAAAGUCCAUUCCAAUCGUUCUUGUCGGGAUUCUGUCGAUGGGAAAACAAACCAGAAGCGUCUCCAGAAGAGAAGCCAUCAAACUCACCUCCCAAAUGCUGCUCCAUGACUACUUUGAGGUUUACUGUGAAGAUAAAGUUGAGGUAUCCUGUUUGUUUUCGUGUAUUGCAACUAUUGCGAAGACCACAGAGAAGCGAAAUUCAUCAUUCUUUCGACGUAUCUUCAUUAAAUGAAGUUUGCACUUAAACUGUUGAUAUGAUCAGCGCAGUUUU